AAGGCUUCGAAUAACGGUACAGUACUGUUUAAUAGCAAUUCGUUAAAAAUAAUUAAGUCAGUGUCAGCCUGUCUCAUGUCACCUUUGUCAAUGACAAAAUUGGAGUCAUGUCGUAUUUUUGUCGCGGUAUUUUUAUUUUAUAAAAACACAAAAUUAUCGAAAUGGAUUACAGCAGUGUUGAUUCAGAGUUAAUAGAAUCACUGGAUUUUCUGAGACCGCCAGUGAAAAGAGUUACCAGGAACUCAAACAGAGGCACGGCAGUAAAAUUAGACAGUCAUACUAAUAAUAUAAAAGUUUUAAAAGAAUUUCGCAAACAGAUUUCUAAAGAUUGCCAAUAUCCACAAUCUAAACCCAGAACUGCCGAAUCGUCGACUUCGCUUAUUUUGAAGAAAACCACGGAACGAGAGAUUCUUCAACAAUAUUCAGUGUUAAGUUACUCAAAUUUGUUAGGCCCUCGACUUCAAAACCCCAGCACUUUCCCUACUCACUUGCCUAACUCAAAGGAGAAACCAUUGAUCAAAGUGACGGUAAUACCAAAAACCUCCCAGACUCAAGCUUCUAAUGCCAUAAAAAGACGAUUAAACCUCCCUAAGAGAAUCCACACAACAGUAUCCAACCAAGAGAACUCUAUACAGACAAAGAACGUCUACCUUGUUGUAAAAGGUCGUAAAAGAGAAAAGGUGUACGAAAUCAAAACAACUGGGAGCGCUAAAUUUGCGAAUACACGCUCCAAAAACAGCCUGAAAGAUGAAGUAAUACCACUAGAACAGCUAUCAAGUCUGAAAUUGGUGCUGGACUCGUUGAACAUGGACAGAGAGAAAGAUACGUUAAGAAUAGGGAAACCUAACAAUAUAGACGAUUAUUUGGUAUUCUCAAGGACGGGGAACGAACGGUUUGAAGAGUGCAGGUGUCCCAAUGCAGUGCGUGACUCCGAAAGGUUCCGAGAUUGCAAAUGUUUUUAUUCGCCUCGAGAAGCUGCAGCGUCAGAUGCUGGGAAGAGUCAUGUUAGAGUCACCGGACAUCUAGGGAUGACUGAAGAUGAUAGAUAUGUGUUGAGGUGCGCUGCUACUGUUCAUGAUAAACCUGCUACGUCGGACUUCGCCACAGUUCAACAGACUUCGCCCCAUGUAUGUCAGGAAGAACGAAAAUCUUUCAACUUCUGCAACCAAAAUACUUGUUUGACGCGAUGCUACAACGCUGCUACAUGUUCCACGCAAAAAAGAGACUUCAAUAUACAAGCAGAUCUUCAAAAUGAAAACAAAUGGGAAAUGUCUCCAAAACCAACGAUUAUGCAAAACAAAGAAUCGCAAGCUACUCAAGUGAAUUUGAAUACUACAAAUAAUAAUAAAACAAGAGAUGUUCCUGUUUGUAAAAAUACAUUUCCACACAAGGACGAAAUAAUACAAUGCUGUCGAACUAACAUCGACACUAAUUGUGCAAAUCUCACGGACAGCGAUACCGAUUCCAACUCUGUCAAAGACUGCCAAAGCCCUCUGGUUAUAAUAUCUGUGUAUCCAAUGCAAGAUUGUUGUGAUAAUGUGAAAAUUGUGAAAAAUUACCAAGAUGAUGGUAAAUAUUCGUCGCCGCGAAAACCAAGUGUCUUCGGACAUAGCUCUCAACGUCCCAGCAGUGGAACACGGCAGAACAAUGAGAAAAAGGUUGACAAUAAAUGCUCGAGAUCAAGGAGCCGUUCACCUUCGCCUCAGAACAGAAACACAAACAAGCAUAAUGUAGCUGAAACCAGAGUCUUAAGAACCAACACAAGAAAAGCUAGUCCCGGGCGUGAAGUUUCAUCAUCCAUCAACAGGCCAAUUCAACAAAACAGAAUCAAUAAUGAAAGAACCAAUAACAAAGCAGAUUUUUCCAAAAGCAGGCAAAAGUACGGCUUUGCACAAAUAAAUAGCUCCAAAGAAACUAAAGGAAUAAAUACAGAUCACAAUGUAACGAAGAAAAUUUUAGUCGAUAGCUACACAAAAAAGUUAACAGAUUACCUGAAUAAUGAGAAUGGGGAAACCAAACGUAGAUUUCCAAAAAGUGAGCCUUCAAAAGUUACAAUCAAUAUAGAUGGCGACAAAGAACUCUACGAUGUUUUAUUUCAACACGAAAAUAGUACGACUGAUUUAAAGUUUAGGAAAACUGUUAAAGGCCCUGCCUGCUCUAUCAAAAGAAAAACAGAGGAUGAUAAAGCUUCAUCUCCCACGAUGAAAAACCUAUUGCUAGUCAACGAUGAACGAAAGAGAAGAACAUCGCCAGUGCGAUCCAAAAACCAGCAGAAAGACGACCAGAAAAUUAAAAAAACCUUUUCAAGAUUACUUGUAAGAGAUAGUAUUGAAAUAUCUCACAGACGCGAUUACAAGCCACCUGUGGAACACACUGUGAUACAUAAUCAAAAAUCCAAAAUUGAUGAUGAUAGUGGUCAGUUUUCAGCUCCCAUCAAACAUUAUAGAGGAGACAGUUGCACCAUAGCAGAUCCAAUAAAGAGGGAUAAGGAAAUAAGGGCACUACUUGGUGUUGAUAAAGGUAUCCACAGUGCAGUUAAUCAGGGCCUUAAACUUGAAGAAAAUAAGUUUGCUGUUCCUCUACACUAUUUCUAUGGAAAAACGCAAAAGAAAAUAGUAACCGGUAUUAACAUUAUGGAAAUGCCUGAAGAACCACCGUGUGUUUGCUGUGACAUACGAAGAUUCUGUAGUAGCGAAAGCAAUGAAGCAAAACCACAAACCUAUCAGGAGCCCCAACCGAAACCAAAAAGUAUUCAUCCUGCAUCUCAAAGAGUUCCUAGUCAAAGCAGCAAAAAGGUCCACGCUACAUCCAGCCAAAUCGAUAAAGAAGUUGCUCAGCAACAACCAGGUUCAAGUGAUUCUGCAUCUCCAGAAGAGAAUGUUCCCCCGAGUCCUAGUCCGGAAGAGUCGCCUCCAGAAAGCCCGAGUCCAGUAGAGGAGAGUCCAAGUCCGGUGGAAGAACCUCCUAGUCCGGUAGAGGAAUCUCCGAGUCCGGUGGAAGAACCUCCGAGUCCGGUAGUAGACAAAAUAUCAAGGAAGACCCACAAAUCGUCGAAAUCUAUUAGAAAGUCUAGAGCUAACAGCACGGGCACACAAUAUGAAACCCAAGUGCAACGAACUUCACUCUACCAGCAGCUGAUACUCAAUCGUAAUAUACAAGUGUUUCUGCAAGUGGAGCAAUUCUCUAAGCAAAAACCGAUAAUACUAUCGCGGAAGCAGUACGACAAAGUAAAAAGGACAAUAGAGAGCACAAUAGCGAACAAGACUGGUCGAGACUACAAGCGCAAGAAAUGCAUUUGCAAGACCAGUUUAGUGUCUGUUGGUGAUGUAAGACGGAAAACCAAUCCAGGGCAGCCGUUGCAUUAUGAUAAGCAGAGUCAAACUAAUAAGAAAGAGUUGGCGAUGAAUGCAAAGAGCACUGUGUCGCAUAAAUCUAAAGCUCGAUCAAUGAAGAAACAAAGUAGAAAUACUAUGGUUCUGUUUACAACGGAAGAAAAGGAUAACAAUGAACAGAAGAACGCGACGCCGCGGCAGGCGAUGUCGUCAAUGGAGAUUCAGUACGCGAGUAUGUCUUAUAUGAAACGCGUGACCUUCUCAUCUACCAAGGUGGAGGCUGGCUCAACGUGUCCCCCGCCGCUGGACCAAAAAGAAUCUCACUCCAUACAUACAAUUUUUAAUGGACAUAGAAAGUGCCCAACUCCGAACCUAGGCACGUCAGUUUAUUCGCUUUGCUCUGAAGACAACAACGUGAUGAUUUCUCCAAAGCCCCUCAUCAUGGCUCAGGAGUCGAAGCAGAAGAAGCCUUUCUUAAGGAGGCUAAUGUCGUGCUUGGUUAUGCGGUCGGCCAGAGCCUCGGAGCUGAAUGAAAUAGUCAACCUCCCUGUCAAAGAGCCAUCCAUCAACAGCUCCAUAGAUUCCUAUCACAUCAGCACUUCUUUGGGGGCAAUAGAAGUGAGUUCUUCAAUAUACGAUACGUCAGCGUCAUUCUACAGUAAUCACAGUGUAUACCCAGUGAACAGCAAGAUGAAAAGAGGCUUCUUCAAUUCCGUACGAGAGUUUUUGACGAUUCGCAAGAGUUAAGAAGAACUCAACAGCGUCUGUACAGUCUACAAUUUCAAUAUACAGAACGCACUACUUAUAGCUUACAUCUAUUUUUUAUAAAAGAAGAAAUCUUUUUGAUUUUCUCUUUAUUUUCGUUUGUUUUGUUUUUGUAGUUUUGUACAAGUUUAUAAAAUUAAAUAAUUAUACUUAUAA